GUAUUUGAAGGUUAUUUAAUAUCGUCUCUUGCUUUGGCCAGCAACAUGAUCAACAAAGCCAGCUUUCUUCUCCUCUCUGCUCUCCUCAUCUGCUGUGGAGCAAAAGACAGAGGUACAGAGGGCUUUGAGCAGGAUGUCAAAGUGCGCUGUCUUGAGACUUGCCCUCAGAACUGGACUCCUUAUGGUACCCGCUGUUUCAAGUUUGUCUCCACAACAAGAUCUUGGUCCAAAUCUGAGAGUCACUGUGUGGCGAUAGGAGGGAACCUGGCCUCGGUGCACAGCAUAGCUGAGUACCAUUUCAUCCAGGAACUGCUCCGCAAACACACUCAAGGCACUCCUGGUACUUGGAUCGGAGGAAAUGAUGCUGCUCAGGAGGGUCUGUGGAUUUGGAGUGAUGGGUCCAAGUUUAACUACACUAAAUGGUAUCGUGGUGAGCCAAAUAAUUAUGAUGGAAAAGAGCAUUGUAUCGUUAUGAAUUGGGCAGGUACAGUCACCACUAUUCAAAUAAUAUUUCUGCUGUCAUGAAAAUCUUGAAUCCUUUAAAAUAAUUAUAUAUACAUUAAAACAUUCAAGUCUUAAUCAUGGUAAUUAUGGUAUCACCACC